AAAAAAUUCACGUACAUAAGUCAACAUGAAUGGGUUGAAGUUGGAGAGAAUGACGGGGUCGUUGGGAUCACCGAGCGCAUCCAACUAGAGUAUGGUAAUAUUAUCUUUAUUGAACUGCCCAGUGGCGACGAAUAUGAACAAGAUGAGCCACUGGGCAGAGUAGAAGUGACUGAUGGUAAUACUUUUCCUAUCUAUGCGCCAGCGACCGGGGAGAUUAAAGAAAUCAACACCACGCUGGAGGAGGAUCCGGAUCUUAUUAAUCAUUCGCCUGAAGGGGAUGGCUGGAUCUGUCGGAUAAGCAUUGAGAGUCCUAGGGAGCUUGAUGUAUUGAUGGACGCCGAUGCGUACAUUGACUAUGAGGAAGAAGAGCUCGACAAUGAAUACAUGGAUGAGGAAGAUUUUUACGACGAGGAUGAGGCUUAUGACUACAUUAAUCUACCCCAAAAACCUUCUGCUACGCUCCCCGCCUCAAAUAGAUUCCCUAUUCUUCUCCUACGAUACAAAGGAUCUUUAUGUCAUUAG